AUGUCACUCCCACGGGGACAGAGAGAAAACUCUCUACUACAAGAGCUAAUUACCACUGCAAUGGGCCACCCAUUCAUUGCUGCUAUUACUGCAUUUGCCACUGUGUGCAUCGCCACACGGGUAAUCACAGCCUUGAGAUAUCGAGCCACCGUUGGAAGGAAUCAAUCCUCCUCGAACAACACCAGGCCUGUCCCAUUGCUCUCCUACUGGAUUCCCUGGCUCGGUCAUGCUGUCCCUUUCGCUCUAGGAGCUACGGAGUACCUCGAGAGGCUGGCCAGACCCCUUGGUCCCGAAGCCUCCGCCUUCGGCAUUCUCAUGGGUGGUGUCAAGAACAACAUUGUCACCUCUCCCAGUCUAGCCCGACAAAUUCUCUUUGACAGACAUGCUCCCGUCAACAUGGACUCCUUUAUCUUUCAUGUCAUGAGAACUGUUUGGGAUGAUCAGGGAACAAUGAGAGCAAUGGAUCCUGCCCUGCUGUGGGGAGAAAUCCACGCAGUGCUCUACACAAUGCUGAGGGAAAGUUUUGUCUCGCAUGCAAUUAAAGGAACGGUCAAAAACAUUCAAGAGAGAACUUGGAACUUAGUUUCUGGUUCUAGAAGCUACGUUGAUCAAUCCAUCUGGGAACGUGCGGGAAAAGUCGAAAUCAUCUCUGGUAGUGACAGCAGUGGCUCAAAGCCAUUCAUUGCUGAAGCUAGCUUACACCUUCUGCUAAGAGACUUUGUGGGUGAUAUCGCAACCCUAGUCCUUUUUGGCCACAACUUUCUUGAGAAUAAUCCUACCAUUCUCUCUGACUUGUGGGAAAUGGACGCGAAAUUCAAUAUCUUCGUUACAGGAGCACCCAGUUGGUGGCCGGGGAUGGCCGGACCAUACAAGGCACGCGAGCGAGUGGUGCAUGCUGUCGAAGAACACCACAUCGCGCUGUUAAAACAUCUCGACGGCGAAGAUCCUGGUACUCAAUACUCGGAUUUGUCCGAUGUGUCCGAUGUCAUUGUUGAUCGUCUGAAGGCAUUCAGGAAAGCUGGCACUCCACCUCGAGGUUUCGCCACAGGAAAUGCUGCUAUAUUGUGGGCCAUGAACGCCAAUGCAAAUCAAAUAAUUUUCUGGCUCAUAUUCUAUGUCUAUUCUGACCGAACGCUCCUAUCAGAAAUACGCACCGAGAUUGCACCAUAUGUCAGAUUCGUUCAACCCCCCGACAACGGGCUCCCAGUCAAAGAUGCGCCGCAACUUGACAUCGACCUAGAUUCUCUGUGGCAUAAAUGUCCACUACUCAAAGGCGCCUUCUUUGAGAGCCUACGACUUGAGGCGGCAAGUUCCAGCUUCAAGAUGAUCGGUGAGGAUUUUAUCGUCACUGAAUCCGAAGAGGACGCAAAGCUAUUAGGAAAGAAGGCACCAGAAAGCUAUUUCCUACCUAAGGGAGAGUUGAUCUGCAUCCCACAUGGAAUUCACCAGAACGACCAGCGAUAUUUCCGUGACCCGAAACGCUUCGAUCCGAGACGAUUCUGCGAGAAGACGCUCCCUGUCACAUCUUCAGACGAUUCCAACGCAGAUGUGAGGGUAGAGUAUGGCACAAUGAAGGUUUGGGGAGGUGGGAAACAGAUGUGUAAGGGCAAGACCUUCGCGGAGAGAGAGGUGAUUGUCUUUGCUGCCGCAAUCAUUAUGCAGUGGGACAUGGUCCCGCUCAGUAAUGGCGGUAAAUGGGUGCACCCCGGUCGGAAACUUGGUGCCGGCGCUUACAAUCCGAAGAACGAAUUCAAGGUUAGAUUAUGGAGGAGAGAUGCCUGGUAA